AUGCUGAUCGACGCGCUGGCGCGCAGCGAAGGCAUCGACGUGCGCAAGCUGGAGAAGAGCGCGGCAGUGGGGCGCGGCGAGGUGGCGGGGCGCAAGGUGCUGCUCGCCAAGCCGGUCACGUUCAUGGUGGGCGGCGCUCGGGCCGCGGCGCGGGACGGGCGCCGCCGCUGCCGGCCGCGGGACGGCUCGUGGGGGGCACGCGGGACGGGCUCGGCGGCGCGGCCGCCGCCGGCGGCCGGCCCCUCCCUCGGCGCGGGCGGCUUGCCUUAUCUCAACAACAGCGGGGACAGCGUCGUGGCGCUGGCCAAAUACUACAAGGUGCCCCUGUCGCGCUGCCUGGUGGUGUCUGACGACCUCGACUCCCCCACGGCCACGGUGCGCCUCAAGCAGCGCGGCGGCCACGGCGGCCACAACGGGCUGCGCAGCAUCAUCGAGCGGUUCGGCGGCAAGAGCGACUUCCCGCGCUUGAAAAUAGGCAUCGGGCGCCCCACAGGCAACCUGGACGUCGCGUCAUACGUACUGCAAGACUUCAGGCAGAGCGAAAUGGCAGAGGUGGACGACGCGAUCAGGGAGUCCAUCGCGAUCAUUCACAGCAUAUUGACCUUGGGAUUGGAAAAGGCCCUGUCGGGGUCGAGAGUGUAA